CUUGUAUCGUCGCAGCGCAGCAACGUCGAUAAUAACGAUAAUUACAUAGGGGUGAAUUCCAAGAGGGAACUACCCCAUUUAAGGCAGCGAAACAUUUUGUUUCCUUACGGUUAUUAGUAGCAUCUAAUGCUUCGAACGAUACACUUACUUCGAAGAUAAUCUUUAUUUUCAUAUUCUCACGUCCAAUGUUACAUUUGAUUGGAAAUAAUUCUUAAUAGAAUAGAAGAAUAAUUCUUCUUUUGGACAAUUAAAAUAUACCGUAAAAAGGUUCUGCUAGUGAUAUUGCGAAGACUGAUAAUAUAAGACCCAACUGUUCGAAGGUACUUGAUCGUUCGAUCUUUCCUAAGACGAAGUGUUAAGUAGGACAAAUUAUACCACAAAUAUUGAAAAUGCACGUACUACGAUGGACAUUCAAACUUUUCAUCGCCAGCGGAUAUUUUCUACCGCCUACGUUGAAGUCUCCGACGAAACGCUUUCUCUAUAAUUUAUAUACGGUCUUCGUGACGAUGUACUUGUGGAGCUACUCCCUCACGCUAAUCAUGGACAUUUUCUACAACGUGGAAACGCAGGACGAUUUGAGUGAGAAUUUUAGCGUAACUGUCACGGUACUUAUCACGAGUUGCAAACUUAUGAGCUUAGUCAUAGGACGAAAAACUAUCAUAAACAUAUUGGGUCUACUGAAGAAGAAGCCCUUUGUGCCGGAGAACAAUGGGGAAGUAGAAAUUUACGCGAAAUACGACAAUCUAAUCGAAAAAAUCGCAAUGUUUUAUACGAUUCAAAACGCAUUCUGCGUGCUUUCUUUAAUAGUAGCGACAUUGAUGACUGAUUUCAAAUUUAAAAAAUUAGCGUUUCGCGCCUGGUUACCU